AUAUAAAAAAAAUUAAUUAGAAAUUUUAGAUAAAUAUUUUUACUUACUUAUAUUGAAGAUUCUAACUUCAAUAAAAUAUAAAUAGAUACAAACUUUUGUAUUAUAAAUUAUGGGAAAGUUAUAAUUUUGAUCAUUCGGGAUGAUGAACAUCAUGAGACAAAUUGUGGUUAAAAUCUUGUCAAUAUUUAGUAUCUAAGCUAAAAGAUAUAUUAGAUUUAAAAAUGAGUGAUGAAAAUUUAGAAAGUAAUACAGUCAGUAGCAAUACGAAAGAUGUUGAAAAAACAGAAAAAGAUGAAUCUGUAACUUCAGAAUCAAACACAUACGACUCUAAAAAUGUUUCUUAUGAUGGUGAUAUUGCAAUAUAUACAGAUCCUGUUACUGGUAGCCAAUAUACCUGGGAUAAAGAUAAAAAUGAAUGGGUAUUAAAAAAUGAUGUUACAUAUGAUUUUGAAGAUGAUACCCACGUUUAUACAGAUGCAGAAGGCGUGAAGUAUUUUUGGGAUAAAGAAAAAAAUGCAUGGUUUCCAAAAGUAGAUGACGAUUUUAUGGCAAGAUAUCAAAUGAACUACGGUUUUGUGGAUAAUACAAAUUUAGAAGUCAAGAAGGAAGAACCUCAAAUGAAAAUAGAAGAAAAACCAAAGAAAGUUAAAGGAGAAAAAAGAAAAGCUUCCGAACCAACUUGGUUUCAAUUAGAUGAAUCACAAAAUACCAGUGUAUAUGUAUCUAAUUUACCUAUCGAUAUAACUGAAGAAGAAUUUAUAGAUUUAAUGCAAAAAUGUGGUUUGGUGAUGAGAGAUGUUCAAUCAGGGAAGUUUAAAAUAAAAUUGUACAAAGAUACCAGCACAAAAAACUUGAAAGGUGAUGCUUUAUGUACAUACAUAAAGGUGGAAUCUGUUGAUUUAUCUUUAAAAUUAUUAGAUGGUUAUGAAUUUAAGGGCAACAAAAUAAAAGUAGAAAGAGCAAAGUUUCAGAUGAAAGGUGAAUUUGAUCCUUCUCUUAAACCAAAAAUGAAGAAAAAGAAGGAUAAGUUAAAAAUAAAAAAACAACAAGAAAAACUGUUUGAUUGGCGUCCUGAAAAGAAAGUUGGAGAAAAAUCUAAGCAUGAAAGAAUAGUUAUAGUUAAGAACUUAUUUGAUCCAAAAAUAUUUGAUACAGAUGUUGGUCUAAUUUUAGAAUUCCAGCAGGAUUUAAGAGAAGAAUGUUCCAAGUUUGGAGAGGUGAGAAAAGUUCAAAUAUAUGACAGACAUCCUGAAGGAAUAGCACAAAUAAAUAUGAGUACACCUGAAGAAGCAGAUCAAAUAGUUACAAUAUUAAAUGGUAGAUGGUUCAUGAAAAGGCAACUUUCUGCUGAAAUAUGGGAUGGUAAAACUAAAUACAAAAUAGCUGAAACAGAUUGUGAGAUAAGUCAGAGAUUGGACAACUGGGAUCAAUUUUUAGAAGGUAACGAAGACAAAAAAGAAGAAAAUAAAGUUAGUGAGAAGAAGAGUGAAAAUGAAACUGAUCAAGAUGCGGAAAAAAUAAUCUGAAAUAAAAUAUACUUUUUAGAUUGACCA